AUGGCAGUACUGACAGCAGAUGUCGCCCCCUUGCUCGAUGCUACUGUGCAGAGUGAUGUGUCAACUUGGCUCUCUCUAGUGUGUGUCGAUAAGUCAGCGAGGUCUUUCCCCGUUGCUGAUUCACACGAUGGCGCAGUGUUCUAUCGGACGGCUACCACUGCCGCGACGAGCAUCUACACUCGAAUGCCGCGGAUAUAUAUAUCUGAAGAGGUACCCGCGUCACCAUGCGUGAUCCGGAACACAUGGGCAUCGUGUGUGCCCGCUGCUUUCUGCGCACUGGCGCUGUGGGGGGCCCCCGCUAUGUGUCACCACCGCUAUUCGUUGGGCGUGCCGCAUCAGACGCUCACCCAUGGUGUAUCAAAUGGAAAUGACGUGGAAAGAGGUGGGGACGUUGCACAGUGA